UUAAAACUCCAAAACAAAACGUUCGUUUCUAUUAAACUCAAAAUUAUAUUUGUUAGUUUAUAUAAAAAUUAUGCAUUUCAUAGACAAAUGAUACAGUAAUUAUGUCUUUUAAAGCAUCGCCAUAUUUGGAAAGUCUACACGAAUUGCUUUCAUGGCAAGGACGAUUCGAUAAUUUACUUGUGCAAAAAAACAAGUCGAAAACUUCAAGAAAUUCAACCGAAUCCGAUUUUUCGGAUGGUAUAGAGCCUCUAAACGAAUCUAAAUCAGACAACUCUAAUAUCCAACACUCUGAUUUCGAUUGGGACAACAAAGCGAUCGUUCCUACCAAGCCAUUUACAGAACUAUUGGAAGAGAAACUAGCCGAAUAUCAACCAAACAUUUCUCCAACGAAACCCAAAAAGCCUUUCCUCAAAAAAGGUGCAGGCUUAACGCGUUACAAAUUAACGCCGAAAGUAUGGUCACCCAAAACCCAAGCACAACGCAACCACGAAAAGACUAUUUCUAGCAAAGAAGUAAACCAACCUGUAAGUACAAACCAUCAAAAUGAACCAACACCUUUAAAAAUGCCCGAAGUUUCAAUUAAAAGCAAAGCUUUCUGGAUUAAAGCAGACGAAAAUGAAACUGACUGCGAGACAAACAAUUUCAAAAACGCCAAAUAUUCAUUUAACAACAUCAAAUCGAAUAGCGAAGAAGAUAAUCACAUAUCGAAUAACGAACCGGAUCACAGCAGCAAUUUUGAUUUAAACUAUUCUGAAAAGGAGUUACAGGUGUUUGAAAUGCUUGAGGAAAAAUUAGCCGAUGGUUUCACAUCGGCCAAUUCCAGCAUUAUGCAAUUACUAGCCAGUACUCCGAAUAACAGAAGAAAGUCUAAUAUUAACGGAUCUAACCGAGACAAUUCGGAAAUGCUGUCCAAAAUUCUCCAGAGCCUCAAAUUAAUUACGCAGAACAACCGGAACGGUUUCAUUAUAAAUUCUCCGUUGAAAAAUUCCGCAACAUCUUUUUCCGAUGCUGAAAAAUGGUAUACGUCUAAUUCGCGCUCGCAAUCUUCUUCCAGUUUCUACUCAGAAUUCGAGAAAACGCUAGAAACACACGAGAAGGUGGAUACUGGAGUUAACACGAGUUAUGUGGAAGAACAACAGUGCAAUCGACCAAAGUUUGAGCAGUGUACGGGGUGCGUUGAGCUGCGAAACAAGUUAUCGAAAUUAGAAAAAGAUAUACCUAAUAUUACUUUAGAAAAGGCGAAGCUGUGUGAUUUUGCGAAAGAAUUGGAAUCGAAACGUGACGAUAUUCAAAAAGAAAUGGAAUUUAUGAAAUUGAAGUACGAGAAAGAUCUGGAGGAUCUGAGGGAGGAAUUAGCCGAAGAAAAAGUUAAAUCCGCUAAAGACAAAGCAUUAGUUAAUAUGUAUCUCAAGGAAUCAAGACCUUCAAGAAAGGAUCGUGAACAGAUAGACUGCUUGAAAAGGGAAUUAACUGAUUUAAAAGAAUUAAUGAAAUUAAAGGAGACUAAAAAUGGAACGACGCUUGCUAGAUUAAGGAAUCAAAUUAAACAAUUCGAAAAGGAAAAGUCGGAACUCAAAAAUUCAUUAGAAUAUCUGCAAAAAGAGAACGCUAAAUUAACCGCAAAUCAAAAAGUCCACAAGAUUACAGAUUCUAAAAUGUUGCAGCAAAUUAACAGGAACCUUCACAAAUUAACAGAAGAAACGAAAUUAAUCAACAACCCAUCAACAGUUGUGAAUCCGGAAAAUACAACUUGUAAGCAGAAGAAGAAUAGACGAAAAAGUAUGGGAGAUGUUAAAGAUAAAGUUGAAGAUAAUCCAAAAAUUGAGUUGAAUAAAACGACGAACAUUCCCUAUUCUGUUGACAAAGACAAGGAUGUUGAGGUAAUAUAUAAUGCAAAAUAUACGGAAAGUGAUUUAGAAAUGCGAUAUGAAUCUGCUUUUGGGUUACAAACAGAAAGCGCUGGCAGAUUGAGCGAUUCGAGUCGAUCAGCUAAAGAUGAAAUAAUAACAGCUCAAACAUCCUUUGCCGAUGGAUCUCAAGAAAUUAAAUAUUCCAAUGGUUGUAUCAAGAUAAUUUCACCAGACGGUAACCGCAUUUCCUUAAAAUAUUCAAAUGGAGACUUGAAAGAAGUAUAUGUUAGUGAGAAUAUUAAAAAAUAUUAUUUUUUAUCGAAGGAUGUGUGGCUUACGAAAUACGGCGAUGGCGUGGAGCUAAUAGAAUUUUCAAAUGGUCAAAAAGAGAAAAGGUUUCCGGACGGCAGAAUAGAAGUUGUUACUUUAGACGGGACAAAAUUGAAGAGAUUUCCAGGAGGCACGGAAGAAGUCCACUAUCCGGAUGGUUCAAAAAUGGUAUGUUCCGAAGAUGAAAGAAUUAUCUACUUACCUAAUGGGCAAAUAGAAACCCACAAUAAGGAAUAUAAGAAAAGAGAAUAUCCUGAUGGAACUGUAAAAUUUGUAUAUUCUGAUGGAACUGAAGAAACUCGUUAUGCAAAUGGAAGGGUUCGAGUUAAAGAUAUCGAUGGAAAUCUAAUGUCCGAUUCGUAUGAAUCAUUCAGUCCAAAAAUUUCAUAAAAUACACCGGCUUUAAAAGACAUAUAAGAAGUAAAUUUGAAUCAAAAAUAAUUAUUUCAUCAGUAAUGUAUACCAUUGUUUAAGUUAUUGUUUUUCCGUUACUUUGUCCAACUUAUAAAAUGUGUUCAAUGGAAAUUAUCAAGUUUAAAA